AUGAGUGAUGCUGCUCCGGGUUCGCCUAGUACGCCUGGUUCAAGGGCAGCAUCUGAGGAGGCGGUAAGACCGGAUGUCGCCGCGAGUGGGAGCGACCCACGCCCUAUCUACACGGCUGUGUCUCCGAAUUCAAGCGAUGUGCACUCGGUGACGACUCCAUGCACGGCUACAAGCUCGGUCGGAACGCCCAUCAGGACACACAUCGCCGGAGUUUCGGAGCUGCCGGCUGUCUACCUCCCGCCGAUCCACUACACCUAUGACCGAGAAACCGGAAACUGGAUCAAGCUGCCUCAAGAUGGUAACGCGUUGCCCACUUCGUUGGGCGUGCCCUCAUCGAGUGUAAUGAACACUGUUGCUGCCUCGACCAUACCUUCCGUGCCGUCGACACCGAUGAAGGGACCGUUCGUUGAGCCGAGGAGCACCAUCAGGGUGGUGCCCGCCACAAGUCCAUCGGCGCAGUCAUAUACGACUCACAUAUCGCAGAUCUCCAGAAACUUGAAUACCGACAAUGAGUCGCAAGCAACUACGCAGUUCCAAGCCCCGCAACACCCGCCGCGGUUUUACUCACCACCCCCAAUGCAGGUUGACACUGGCGCGUCCUACGUGGUGAACCCCAUGAUACCCCGAGGCUACACGUACAGUUCGCCGUUGUUACCGUAUGGCGCUCCAAGCCAGGUGCCUCCAGCUCAGGUCAGCCCACCACCCGUGGCGCAGCCCGCCCCGGCUGUAUUGAGGAACCAGUUUACCUUCGACGGCUAUGUUCCCACCUUCCAAGGAUCACCGGCUCCAGUUUACGAGCCGUUCGCUGGAAAUCCAACGCCCCCACCCGUAAGUUCAGCGCAGGCGUUCGCGUCGUCGAUGGGACGUACAUACAACGCGGCUGCCGGCAUGUUCCGCAGCUUUGAUGAUAUGGCUGCAAACCCCGCAGUCGCCGGAGUGCAACGUAUGCUGCAUCCCGUAGCUACGAAUUUCAUGAAGGCUGCUAUUUUCAAGUUGCAACGGUUGGAAAAUGUGCCUGCUUCCACGAAUUCAGUGAACAAGGUUGCGUACAGCCUGGUGGCAUAUUUCGACCCCACGACGGAGAACUAUGGCGCGUACCGGUCGAAACCGCGAUGGGGAAUACCGACCGAUCGUCCCAACACCGCUAACUGUGACCUGCGUAGCGAUGUGAUAAAGAUCCCGUGGCAAGGCGAGGUCUACGUCUUUCUGAAGGUGUUGGAGCACGUCAACCAGAUACAGAGCGUCGUCGGCCGCAUGAAGUUGCACAUCGAGUCGCUCGUGAGGCAUCACCCGUUGCGUGUGAACAUCAUCAGCGACGACAACCGCCUGGCCGGUAGCGCCAUCCUGGAGUUCAGCGUCGGCCACAUGACCCACGACGAGCUGAGGGAUGCUCAGGACGAGGCACUGCGCGUUUCAGCCGCUCGCAGGCAGAUGGACUUCCAGUACCGUGCGAACCGGAUGCCAGAGUACGACACAAGCCUGCAACAGCACAGGCAGACGCAGCGCGACAGGGCCGCGGCGGAGUACCAGAACUCGCCCGCCGGGUACCGCGAACGAGGUCGGCCGCUAGCGCUCGGAGAGGGGAACCCUGGCGGUAACUAUCGCAACAAUAAUCCAUCGAGGCGUGGAGCGAGGCCGGAUUCGGAGAAUACGAUCUGCAGGCAUCAUGCACUGAACGAUCAAUGUCGGUUCGGCGCCAAGUGCCUCUACCGCCACACCCUGAAGAGAGUGUGCUACCUGCAAGAUGUCUGCCACAAGGGAGUCUGCACGCUCGCUGUGUGCCGUGUGAGUGACACUAGGCUGGAUCUGUUCGCCACGGGCCAGGGGACGAGCGUCAAGAGGCUGUCGCUGGCAGGCGACAUGAAUGGCGGCGUGUCUCUGAUGGAGCAGACUUCGUUCACGCUGAACGUGCAAUACGUGGACAAGAACUCGUUCCAACCGAGGGGCAGGCGCUCGUCGGAUCAGGUCAUAUUCAGCAUGCGCUGCAUCAACGACUGCCUGUUUGCAGGGCUGCGCACGGGACACAUAUCCGUGUACCACAUCCCAACUGGCACUUCCACGCUCAUAUACGGGCACUCCGCGCCCGUGACCACCGCCAUUCUGGUGGACACGGCCGUCUUGACGGCCUGCGAGGAUGGGAAGAUAUGCAUCUGGAGCUUCGACAGCGCAACGAACGGCUUCAAGUGCGUGAACACCAUCGCUACGCACACCACCAUAUCGUGCCUCCUGGAGGUCAACGACGGGGUUAAUCGGAAGCUGUGGGCGGCGGGGAAUUCGGUCACAAUCAUAGACCUGACCACGUUGAGCGUGGUCCGGACGACGCCGAUCCCCAACGACUUCGCAAAGGCGAUGGUGCGAUACGGACAGCACGUCAUCAUAGCGCUGCACUCUGGUGAUUGCGUGGUGCUAGAUGGAAACGUGGAGAUGGUCUAUCGCGUCCCGGGAGAUGGCGUCGCUCUCACGGCCAUGGACGGGAUGCAAAGCGAGCGUGGGGACGUUUUGCUUCUGGGCAAAAAGUCUGGCGUGCUGAACAUGUACCAGAUCCCCACUUUCAACCUCGAAGGCACGUUGAACUGCAACGCUGACGGGUCGCGCACUAGCAAGUGGCCUGGGAUCUCCGCCAUCACGUCUUUGGGCGGAGGGCUGUUCGUCACUGCGGGAUACGAUGGACAUCUGCAGAUAUUCCGGUACACCAACAACGCGGGCCCGGGGCCAUGA